AUGUGGAAAGGGAUUGGGAAGAUAAUCAGGGAUUUUGGAGAGUAUGCUUGCAAGGAAAAGAAGACUGAAAAGAAAGAAGAGCUUUCUAUAAUGGGCUGGGGGAGGAAUAGGGAGCUUAUUCAAGACCCUGGACACUUCAAGGUGAAAUCUGGCAACCCCUCUCACAAUGGCCGUGUGUGCAGCACAUGGGGUAACUUCCACUUCAAGACCUUUGAUGGGGACGUCUUUUACUUCCCUGGGGUCUGCAAUUACAUCUUUGUAUCCAACUGCAAGUCUUCCUAUGAGGACUUCAACAUCCAGAUUAGGCGUGCAAUGGUGGAAAAUGCUACUGUGAUCACUCAUGUCAUCAUGAAGCUGGAAGGAGUAGUGAUCGAACUGACACCCAGCUCUGUCCUGCUCGACAACAAAUUGGUCCAGAUGCCCUACAGCCAUAUGGGAGUCUUCAUAGAGAGAAGUAACAACUAUUUGAAAGUUUCUGCCAAGUUGGGACUGACCUUCCUUUGGAAUGGACAAGAUGCCCUCCUGGUGGAAUUAGAUAAGAAAUAUGCCAAUCAAACUUGUGGACUUUGUGGGGACUUCAAUGGAAUUCCAGUCAGCAAUGAAUUUAUUUCAGGGAAGACAAAACUGACUCCCAUACAGUUUGGUAAUAGGCAGAAGAUGGAUGGACCCACAGAGCAGUGUGAUGAUCCUACUCCUCCUACUUCUCUGAUGAACUGCUCAAGAGAAUUUGCUUCUAUCUGUGAGACAGUAUUAACCAGCAAAGCAUUUACGAGUUGUAACACGCUUGUGAAUGUCCAGGACUACAUUGAAACUUGCAUACAAGACCUGUGCCACUGUGACAGCUCCAUGGCUGACUUCUGCAUGUGUAACACCUUUGCUGAGUACUCCCGGCAGUGUGCUCAUGCAGGUGGACAGCCCCUGAACUGGAGAACCUCAGACCUGUGCCCCAAAUCAUGUCCGUUCAACAUGCAAUACCAUGAGUGUGGCUCUCCCUGCUCUGACACGUGCAGCAACCUGGAACGAUCUACACUUUGUGAAGAUCACUGCACAGAUGGCUGCGUUUGUCCUCCAGGAAUGGUAUUUGAUGAUGUUAAUGGUGCCGGCUGCAUUCCCCGCAGAGAAUGCCACUGUACCUAUGAAGGUGAAACUUAUGCUCCUGGUGCCUCCUUCUCAUCUAAAUGCAGAUCAUGUUCCUGUGUUGGAGGUGAAUGGUCUUGUGUCACUCAGUCAUGCCCUGGGACUUGCAGUGUUGAAGGAGGUUCCCACAUUUCAACAUUUGAUGAGAAAUACUAUUCUUUCUUUGGAGACUGUAGUUAUGUCCUAACCAAGCUCUGCGACAGCAAUGAAUUCACAGUGUUGGGGGAUAUCCACAGGUGUGGUCUGACUGACACUGAGACAUGCCUCAAGGGGGUAGCCAUCAGCCUAAAUGGAGGACAAACGAACAUUGUGAUCCAGCCUUCUGGGAGCGUAUUUGUGAAUAUGAUCUACACACAGUUACCAUUCUCAGCAGCAAAUGUCACUAUCUUCAGGCCUUCAUCUUUCUUCAUAAUUCUGCAAACAACUUUUGGUCUUCAGCUACAGGUUCAACUCAUGCCUUUGAUGCAAGUUUUUAUAGACUUAGACCCAUCACAUAAAGGGCAGACCUGUGGUCUCUGUGGAAACUUCAACGAUGUACAGACAGAUGAUUUCAAAACCACCAGUGGUGUGAUAGAGGGCACUUCAGCUGCCUUUGGCAAUACUUGGAAAACUCGAGCUGAUUGUUCUGAUGCCAAAAAUACCUUUGAGGACCCCUGUACUGUCAGCAUACAAAAUGACCAGUAUGCUCAGCACUGGUGUGGACUGCUCUCCGAUACCAUGGGACCUUUUGCUGAAUGUCACUCAACAGUGAAUCCAGAAGUUUACCAUAAGACCUGUAUGUUUGACACGUGUAACUGUGAGAAGAGUGAGGACUGCAUGUGUGCUGCCCUUUCCAGCUAUGUCAGAGCCUGUGCUGCUAAAGGAGUUCUUCUCACUGGGUGGAGGAGCAAAGCCUGCACAAAAUACACCACCUUGUGUCCGAAGUCCUUGAAAUACACCUACAAUGUUGAUUCCUGUCAACCCACCUGCCGCUCUCUGAGUCAGCCUGAUGUCACAUGCAGCAUCAAGUUUGUCCCAGUUGAUGGCUGUACCUGCAUAAAUGGAACCUACAUGGAUGACAGUGGCAAAUGUGUGCCUGCUUCUAGCUGUCCUUGUUACUACAAGGGAACUCCUCUGUCUUCUGGUGAAGUUGUUCAUGAUAAUGGUGUUGUCUGCACUUGCACCUAUGGAAAGCUGAGCUGCAUUGGAGAGAAGCCAGAACCAGUCUGUGUGCCUCCCAUGGUGUAUGUUGACUGUGACAAUAUCACUGCAAAUGUGGUAGGAGCAGGAUGCCAGAAGAGCUGUCAGACUCUAGAUAUGGAAUGCUACAAAACUCACUGUGUCUCUGGCUGCAUAUGUCCUCAUGAUCAAGUGUUGGAUGGCAAAGGUGGCUGUAUUGCUCCAGAAGACUGUCCAUGUAUUCACAAUGGGAUUUCCUACAGUCCAGGAGAAUCAAUCAGAGUUGGCUGUAACAACUGCACAUGUAGAAACAGAAAAUGGCAAUGCUCUGAGGAACCCUGCCUGGAAACGUGUUCUGUUUAUGGCGAUGGGCAUUAUACCACCUUUGAUGGCAAACGCUUUGAUUUUGAAGGAGACUGUGAAUAUGUUCUGGUCCAGAACUACUGUCGUCAACAAGCUAUGAACCAGGGAACCUUCAGAGUCAUCACUGAGAACAUUCCAUGUGGCACUACAGGAACUACCUGCUCCAAGUCUAUUAAAGUUUUCCUGGGUAACUAUGAGCUGGUACUCGGUGAGGGACACUCUGAUGUCAUCCAGAGGACACCUGGAGGAAAAAUGCCAUUCCAAAUUCGUUCCAUGGGCAUCUACCUGGUGGUUGAUACUACUGUUGGUCUGAUACUCAUGUGGGACAAGAAAACUAGUAUAUUCAUCAAACUUAGUCCCAGCUUUCAGGGCCAUGUCUGCGGACUUUGUGGAAACUAUGAUGGCAAUGGAAAUAAUGACUUCACUACUCGCAGUCAGUCUGUGGUAGGAAAUGUGCUGGAGUUUGCCAAUAGCUGGAAAGUAUCUUCUAAUUGCCCAAAUGCCAAUCGUACGCAGGAUCCGUGCACUGCAAACCCAUACAGGAAAGCCUGGGCACAGAAACAAUGCAGCAUCAUCACCAGUGAAGUGUUUGCAAAGUGUCACUCACAGGUUGAACCAAAUGAAUAUUACCAAGCAUGUGUGGAUGAUGCUUGUGCCUGUGACACUGGAGGAGACUGUGAAUGUUUCUGCACAGCAGUAGCUGCCUAUGCUCAAGCAUGUAAUGAGCUAGACAUCUGCAUAUCAUGGAGAACCCCAUCCAUUUGUCCUCUCUUCUGUGAUUACUAUAAUCCACAAGGGGAAUGUGAGUGGCACUACAAGCCGUGUGGAGCACCUUGUAUGAAGACCUGCAAUAAUCCAAGUGGGAAAUGUCUUCAUGAGACAAGGGGUUUGGAAGGUUGCUAUCCACAAUGUCCAAAGAAUAAGCCCUAUUUUGAUGAGGAAACCAUGACCUGUGUUUCUUACUGUGGUUGUUAUGAAGAUGGAAAAUAUUACAAACCAGGAAUGGAGAUGCCUUCAAAGCAGAAAUGUGAAUCAUGUGAAUGUACAAUUCAUGGCAAAAAAUGCAGAUAUGAUGAACAUGAAUGUAUCUGCAUUUAUGAGGGGCAGAAGUACAACUACAAAGAUGUAGUCUACAACACUACAGAUGGCACAGGAUGGUGUAUUGUUGCAACCUGUGGUCCUAAUGGAACACUUCAAAGGUUUAUGCAUGAAUGUCUAAUCUCAACAUCACCCACAACAGCAACGACCACCACGAGCCCCACCUCCACGGAAAUCAGCACUACCACCAGCACCACCAGCCCCACGUCGACGACGUCUACCACAACUUCCUCCACCACCCCCUGUGAACCCGAAGUGUGCACCUGGAGCCAAUGGUUCGACGUCGACUUCCCCUCCUCGGGGCCCAGCCAGGGAGACUUCGAAACCUACCAGCACAUCCGCGCCGCCGGCAAGCGAGUCUGCCGGCAGCCAAAGCAGAUCGAGUGCCAGGCGGAGGACUACCCUGAGGUUCCUAUCCAGCAGGUGGGGCAGGUCGUGCAGUGCGACGUCCACUUUGGACUGGUGUGCAAGAACGAGGACCAGACGGGCAAAUUCAAGAUGUGCCUCAACUACAAGAUCCGCGUGCUCUGCUGCACCCCCAACUACAACUGCUCAAUCCCAAUCCCCGUGAUAACAACCAGCCCCACCACCAGCACCACGACCACAAGCGUCCCAUCCUCCACCGCAGUCACCACCUCCACCUCCACGCCCUACAUCUCCACCACCACGAGUCCCACCUCCACGGAAAUCAGCACUACCACCAGCACCACCAGCCCCACGUCGACGACGUCUACCACAACUUCCUCCACCACCCCCUGUGAACCCGAAGUGUGCACCUGGAGCCAAUGGUUCGACGUCGACUUCCCCUCCUCGGGGCCCAACCAGGGAGACUUCGAAACCUACCAGCACAUCCGCGCCGCCGGCAAGCAAGUCUGCCGGCGGCCAAAGCAGAUCGAGUGCCAGGCGGAGGACUACCCUGAGGUUCCUAUCCAGCAGGUGGGGCAGGUCGUGCAGUGCGACGUCCACUUUGGACUGGUGUGCAAGAACGAGGACCAGACGGGCAAAUUCAAGAUGUGCCUCAACUACAAGAUCCGCGUGCUCUGCUGCACCCCCAACUACAACUGCUCAAUCCCAAUCCCCGUGAUAACAACCAGCCCCACCACCAGCACCACGACCACAAGCGUCCCAUCCUCCACCGCAGUCACCACCUCCACCUCCACGCCCUACAUCUACACCACCACGAGCCCCACCUCCACGGAAAUCAGCACUACCACCAGCACCACCAGCCCCACGUCGACGACGUCUACCACAACUUCCUCCACCACCCCCUGUGAACCCGAAGUGUGCACCUGGAGCCAAUGGUUCGACGUCGACUUCCCCUCCUCGGGGCCCAACCAGGGAGACUUCGAAACCUACCAGCACAUCCGCGCCGCCGGCAAGCGAGUCUGCCGGCAGCCAAAGCAGAUCGAGUGCCAGGCGGAGGACUACCCUGAGGUUCCUAUCCAGCAGGUGGGGCAGGUCGUGCAGUGCGACGUCCACUUUGGACUGGUGUGCAAGAACGAGGACCAGACGGGCAAAUUCAAGAUGUGCCUCAACUACAAGAUCCGCGUGCUCUGCUGCACCCCCAACUACAACUGCUCAAUCCCAAUCCCCGUGAUAACAACCAGCCCCACCACCAGCACCACGACCACAAGCGUCCCAUCCUCCACCGCAGUCACCACCUCCACCUCCACGCCCUACAUCUCCACCACCACGAGCCCCACCUCCACGGAAAUCAGCACUACCACCAGCACCACCAGCCCCACGUCGACGACGUCUACCACAACUUCCUCCACCACCCCCUGUGAACCCGAAGUGUGCACCUGGAGCCAAUGGUUCGACGUCGACUUCCCCUCCUCGGGGCCCAGCCAGGGAGACUUCGAAACCUACCAGCACAUCCGCGCCGCCGGCAAGCGAGUCUGCCGGCAGCCAAAGCAGAUCGAGUGCCAGGCGGAGGACUACCCUGAGGUUCCUAUCCAGCAGGUGGGGCAGGUCGUGCAGUGCGACGUCCACUUUGGACUGGUGUGCAAGAACGAGGACCAGACGGGCAAAUUCAAGAUGUGCCUCAACUACAAGAUCCGCGUGCUCUGCUGCACCCCCAACUACAACUGCUCAAUCCCAAUCCCCGUGAUAACAACCAGCCCCACCACCAGCACCACGACCACAAGCGUCCCAUCCUCCACCGCAGUCACCACCUCCACCUCCACGCCCUACAUCUCCACCACCACGAGCCCCACCUCCACGGAAAUCAGCACUACCACCAGCCCCACGUCGACGACGUCUACCACAACUUCCUCCACCACCCCCUGUGAACCCGAAGUGUGCACCUGGAGCCAAUGGUUCGACGUCGACUUCCCCUCCUCGGGGCCCAACCAGGGAGACUUCGAAACCUACCAGCACAUCCGCGCCGCUGGCAAGCGAGUCUGCCGGCAGCCAAAGCAGAUCGAGUGCCAGGCGGAGGACUACCCUGAGGUUCCUAUCCAGCAGGUGGGGCAGGUCGUGCAGUGCGACGUCCACUUUGGACUGGUGUGCAAGAACGAGGACCAGACGGGCAAAUUCAAGAUGUGCCUCAACUACAAGAUCCGCGUGCUCUGCUGCACCCCCAACUACAACUGCUCAAUCCCAAUCCCCGUGAUAACAACCAGCCCCACCACCAGCACCACGACCACAAGCGUCCCAUCCUCCACCGCAGUCACCACCUCCACCUCCACGCCCUACAUCUCCACCACCACGAGUCCCACCUCCACGGAAAUCAGCACUACCACCAGCACCACCAGCCCCACGUCGACGACGUCUACCACAACUUCCUCCAUCACCCCCUGUGAACCCGAAGUGUGCACCUGGAGCCAAUGGUUCGACGUCGACUUCCCCUCCUCGGGGCCCAACCAGGGAGACUUCGAAACCUACCAGCACAUCCGCGCCGCCGGCAAGCGAGUCUGCCGGCAGCCAAAGCAGAUCGAGUGCCAGGCGGAGGACUACCCUGAGGUUCCUAUCCAGCAGGUGGGGCAGGUCGUGCAGUGCGACGUCCACUUUGGACUGGUGUGCAAGAACGAGGACCAGACGGGCAAAUUCAAGAUGUGCCUCAACUACAAGAUCCGCGUGCUCUGCUGCACCCCCAACUACAACUGCUCAAUCCCAAUCCCCGUGAUAACAACCAGCCCCACCACCAGCACCACGACCACAAGCGUCCCAUCCUCCACCGCAGUCACCACCUCCACCUCCACGCCCUACAUCUCCACCACCACGAGUCCCACCUCCACGGAAAUCAGCACUACCACCAGCCCCACGUCGACGACGUCUACCACAACUUCCUCCACCACCCCCUGUGAACCCGAAGUGUGCACCUGGAGCCAAUGGUUCGACGUCGACUUCCCCUCCUCGGGGCCCAACCAGGGAGACUUCGAAACCUACCAGCACAUCCGCGCCGCCGGCAAGCGAGUCUGCCGGCAGCCAAAGCAGAUCGAGUGCCAGGCGGAGGACUACCCUGAGGUUCCUAUCCAGCAGGUGGGGCAGGUCGUGCAGUGCGAUGUCCACUUUGGACUGGUGUGCAAAAACGAGGACCAGACGGGCAAAUUCAAGAUGUGCCUCAACUACAAGAUCCGCGUGCUCUGCUGCACCCCCAACUACAACUGCUCAAUCCCAAUCCCCGUGAUAACAACCAGCCCCACCACCAGCACCACGACCACAAGCGUCCCAUCCUCCACCGCAGUCACCACCUCCACCUCCACGCCCUACAUCUCCACCACCACGAGUCCCACCUCCACGGAAAUCAGCACUACCACCAGCACCACCAGCCCCACGUCGACGACGUCUACCACAACUUCCUCCACCACCCCCUGUGAACCCGAAGUGUGCACCUGGAGCCAAUGGUUCGACGUCGACUUCCCCUCCUCGGGGCCCAACCAGGGAGACUUCGAAACCUACCAGCACAUCCGCGCCGCCGGCAAGCGAGUCUGCCGGCAGCCAAAGCAGAUCGAGUGCCAGGCGGAGGACUACCCUGAGGUUCCUAUCCAGCAGGUGGGGCAGGUCGUGCAGUGCGACGUCCACUUUGGACUGGUGUGCAAGAACGAGGACCAGACGGGCAAAUUCAAGAUGUGCCUCAACUACAAGAUCCGCGUGCUCUGCUGCACCCCCAACUACAACUGCUCAAUCCCAAUCCCCGUGAUAACAACCAGCCCCACCACCAGCACCACGACCACAAGCGUCCCAUCCUCCACCGCAGUCACCACCUCCACCUCCACGCCCUACAUCUCCACCACCACGAGUCCCACCUCCACGGAAAUCAGCACUACCACCAGCACCACCAGCCCCACGUCGACGACGUCUACCACAACCCCCGUGAUAACAACCAGCCCCACCACCAGCACCACGACCACAAGCGUCCCAUCCUCCACCGCAGUCACCACCUCCACCUCCACGCCCUACAUCUCCACCACCACGAGUCCCACCUCCACGGAAAUCAGCACUACCACCAGCACCACCAGCCCCACGUCGACGACGUCUACCACAACUUCCUCCACCACCCCCUGUGAACCCGAAGUGUGCACCUGGAGCCAAUGGUUCGACGUCGACUUCCCCUCCUCGGGGCCCAACCAGGGAGACUUCGAAACCUACCAGCACAUCCGCGCCGCCGGCAAGCGAGUCUGCCGGCAGCCAAAGCAGAUCGAGUGCCAGGCGGAGGACUACCCUGAGGUUCCUAUCCAGCAGGUGGGGCAGGUCGUGCAGUGCGACGUCCACUUUGGACUGGUGUGCAAAAACGAGGACCAGACGGGCAAAUUCAAGAUGUGCCUCAACUACAAGAUCCGCGUGCUCUGCUGCACCCCCAACUACAACUGCUCAAUCCCAAUCCCCGUGAUAACAACCAGCCCCACCACCAGCACCACGACCACAAGCAUCCCGUCCUCCACCGCAGUCACCACCUCCACCUCCACGCCCUACAUCUCCACCACCACGAGUCCCACCUCCACGGAAAUCAGCACUACCACCAGCACCACCAGCCCCACGUCGACGACGUCUACCACAACUUCCUCCACCACCCCCUGUGAACCCGAAGUGUGCACCUGGAGCCAAUGGUUCGACGUCGACUUCCCCUCCUCGGGGCCCAACCAGGGAGACUUCGAAACCUACCAGCACAUCCGCGCCGCCGGCAAGCGAGUCUGCCGGCAGCCAAAGCAGAUCGAGUGCCAGGCGGAGGACUACCCUGAGGUUCCUAUCCAGCAGGUGGGGCAGGUCGUGCAGUGCGACGUCCACUUUGGACUGGUGUGCAAAAACGAGGACCAGACGGGCAAAUUCAAGAUGUGCCUCAACUACAAGAUCCGCGUGCUCUGCUGCACCCCCAACUACAACUGCUCAAUCCCAAUCCCCGUGAUAACAACCAGCCCCACCACCAGCACCACGACCACAAGCGUCCCAUCCUCCACCGCAGUCACCACCUCCACCUCCACGCCCUACAUCUCCACCACCACGAGUCCCACCUCCACGGAAAUCAGCACUACCACCAGCACCACCAGCCCCACGUCGACGACGUCUACCACAACUUCCUCCACCACCCCCUGUGAACCCGAAGUGUGCACCUGGAGCCAAUGGUUCGACGUCGACUUCCCCUCCUCGGGGCCCAACCAGGGAGACUUCGAAACCUACCAGCACAUCCGCGCCGCCGGCAAGCGAGUCUGCCGGCAGCCAAAGCAGAUCGAGUGCCAGGCGGAGGACUACCCUGAGGUUCCUAUCCAGCAGGUGGGGCAGGUCGUGCAGUGCGACGUCCACUUUGGACUGGUGUGCAAAAACGAGGACCAGACGGGCAAAUUCAAGAUGUGCCUCAACUACAAGAUCCGCGUGCUCUGCUGCACCCCCAACUACAACUGCUCAAUCCCAAUCCCCGUGAUAACAACCAGCCCCACCACCAGCACCACGACCACAAGCAUCCCGUCCUCCACCGCAGUCACCACCUCCACCUCCACGCCCUACAUCUCCACCACCACGAGUCCCACCUCCACGGAAAUCAGCACUACCACCAGCACCACCAGCCCCACGUCGACGACGUCUACCACAACUUCCUCCACCACCCCCUGUGAACCCGAAGUGUGCACCUGGAGCCAAUGGUUCGACGUUGACUUCCCCUCCUCGGGGCCCAACCAGGGAGACUUCGAAACCUACCAGCACAUCCGCGCCGCCGGCAAGCGAGUCUGCCGGCAGCCAAAGCAGAUCGAGUGCCAGGCGGAGGACUACCCUGAGGUUCCUAUCCAGCAGGUGGGGCAGGUCGUGCAGUGCGACGUCCACUUUGGACUGGUGUGCAAGAACGAGGACCAGACGGGCAAAUUCAAGAUGUGCCUCAACUACAAGAUCCGCGUGCUCUGCUGCACCCCCAACUACAACUGCUCAAUCCCAAUCCCCGUGAUAACAACCAGCCCCACCACCAGCACCACGACCACAAGCGUCCCAUCCUCCACCGCAGUCACCACCUCCACCUCCACGCCCUACAUCUCCACCACCACGAGUCCCACCUCCACGGAAAUCAGCACUACCACCAGCACCACCAGCCCCACGUCGACGACGUCUACCACAACUUCCUCCACCACCCCCUGUGAACCCGAAGUGUGCACCUGGAGCCAAUGGUUCGACGUCGACUUCCCCUCCUCGGGGCCCAACCAGGGAGACUUCGAAACCUACCAGCACAUCCGCGCCGCCGGCAAGCGAGUCUGCCGGCAGCCAAAGCAGAUCGAGUGCCAGGCGGAGGACUACCCUGAGGUUCCUAUCCAGCAGGUGGGGCAGGUCGUGCAGUGCGACGUCCACUUUGGACUGGUGUGCAAGAACGAGGACCAGACGGGCAAAUUCAAGAUGUGCCUCAACUACAAGAUCCGCGUGCUCUGCUGCACCCCCAACUACAACUGCUCAAUCCCAAUCCCCGUGAUAACAACCAGCCCCACCACCAGCACCACGACCACAAGCGUCCCAUCCUCCACCGCAGUCACUACCUCCACCUCCACGCCCUACAUCUCCACCACCACGAGUCCCACCUCCACGGAAAUCAGCACUACCACCAGCACCACCAGCCCCACGUCGACGACGUCUACCACAACUUCCUCCACCACCCCCUGUGAACCCGAAGUGUGCACCUGGAGCCAAUGGUUCGACGUCGACUUCCCCUCCUCGGGGCCCAACCAGGGAGACUUCGAAACCUACCAGCACAUCCGCGCCGCCGGCAAGCGAGUCUGCCGGCAGCCAAAGCAGAUCGAGUGCCAGGCGGAGGACUACCCUGAGGUUCCUAUCCAGCAGGUGGGGCAGGUCGUGCAGUGCGACGUCCACUUUGGACUGGUGUGCAAAAACGAGGACCAGACGGGCAAAUUCAAGAUGUGCCUCAACUACAAGAUCCGCGUGCUCUGCUGCACCCCCAACUACAACUGCUCAAUCCCAAUCCCCGUGAUAACAACCAGCCCCACCACCAGCACCACGACCACAAGCGUCCCAUCCUCCACCGCAGUCACCACCUCCACCUCCACGCCCUACAUCUCCACCACCACGAGUCCCACCUCCACGGAAAUCAGCACUACCACCAGCACCACCAGCCCCACGUCGACGACGUCUACCACAACUUCCUCCACCACCCCCUGUGAACCCGAAGUGUGCACCUGGAGCCAAUGGUUCGACGUCGACUUCCCCUCCUCGGGGCCCAACCAGGGAGACUUCGAAACCUACCAGCACAUCCGCGCCGCCGGCAAGCGAGUCUGCCGGCAGCCAAAGCAGAUCGAGUGCCAGGCGGAGGACUACCCUGAGGUUCCUAUCCAGCAGGUGGGGCAGGUCGUGCAGUGCGACGUCCACUUUGGACUGGUGUGCAAAAACGAGGACCAGACGGGCAAAUUCAAGAUGUGCCUCAACUACAAGAUCCGCGUGCUCUGCUGCACCCCCAACUACAACUGCUCAAUCCCAAUCCCCGUGAUAACAACCAGCCCCACCACCAGCACCACGACCACAAGCAUCCCGUCCUCCACCGCAGUCACCACCUCCACCUCCACGCCCUACAUCUCCACCACCACGAGUCCCACCUCCACGGAAAUCAGCACUACCACCAGCACCACCAGCCCCACGUCGACGACGUCUACCACAACUUCCUCCACCACCCCCUGUGAACCCGAAGUGUGCACCUGGAGCCAAUGGUUCGACGUUGACUUCCCCUCCUCGGGGCCCAACCAGGGAGACUUCGAAACCUACCAGCACAUCCGCGCCGCCGGCAAGCGAGUCUGCCGGCAGCCAAAGCAGAUCGAGUGCCAGGCGGAGGACUACCCUGAGGUUCCUAUCCAGCAGGUGGGGCAGGUCGUGCAGUGCGACGUCCACUUUGGACUGGUGUGCAAGAACGAGGACCAGACGGGCAAAUUCAAGAUGUGCCUCAACUACAAGAUCCGCGUGCUCUGCUGCACCCCCAACUACAACUGCUCAAUCCCAAUCCCCGUGAUAACAACCAGCCCCACCACCAGCACCACGACCACAAGCGUCCCAUCCUCCACCGCAGUCACCACCUCCACCUCCACGCCCUACAUCUCCACCACCACGAGUCCCACCUCCACGGAAAUCAGCACUACCACCAGCACCACCAGCCCCACGUCGACGACGUCUACCACAACUUCCUCCACCACCCCCUGUGAACCCGAAGUGUGCACCUGGAGCCAAUGGUUCGACGUCGACUUCCCCUCCUCGGGGCCCAACCAGGGAGACUUCGAAACCUACCAGCACAUCCGCGCCGCCGGCAAGCGAGUCUGCCGGCAGCCAAAGCAGAUCGAGUGCCAGGCGGAGGACUACCCUGAGGUUCCUAUCCAGCAGGUGGGGCAGGUCGUGCAGUGCGACGUCCACUUUGGACUGGUGUGCAAGAACGAGGACCAGACGGGCAAAUUCAAGAUGUGCCUCAACUACAAGAUCCGCGUGCUCUGCUGCACCCCCAACUACAACUGCUCAAUCCCAAUCCCCGUGAUAACAACCAGCCCCACCACCAGCACCACGACCACAAGCGUCCCAUCCUCCACCGCAGUCACUACCUCCACCUCCACGCCCUACAUCUCCACCACCACGAGUCCCACCUCCACGGAAAUCAGCACUACCACCAGCACCACCAGCCCCACGUCGACGACGUCUACCACAACUUCCUCCACCACCCCCUGUGAACCCGAAGUGUGCACCUGGAGCCAAUGGUUCGACGUCGACUUCCCCUCCUCGGGGCCCAACCAGGGAGACUUCGAAACCUACCAGCACAUCCGCGCCGCCGGCAAGCGAGUCUGCCGGCAGCCAAAGCAGAUCGAGUGCCAGGCGGAGGACUACCCUGAGGUUCCUAUCCAGCAGGUGGGGCAGGUUGUGCAGUGCGACGUCCACUUUGGACUGGUGUGCAAGAACGAGGACCAGACGGGCAAAUUCAAGAUGUGCCUCAACUACAAGAUCCGCGUGCUCUGCUGCACCCCCAACUACAACUGCUCAGUCCCAAUCCCCGUGAUAACAACCAGCCCCACCACCAGCACCACGACCACAAGCGUCCCAUCCUUCACCGCAGUCACCACCUCCACCUCCACGCCCUACAUCUCCACCACCACGAGUCCCACCUCCACGGAAAUCAGCACUACCACCAGCACCACGUCGACGACGUCUACCACAACUUCCUCCACCACCCCCUGUGAACCCGAAGUGUGCACCUGGAGCCAAUGGUUCGACGUCGACUUCCCCUCCUCGGGGCCCAACCAGGGAGACUUCGAAACCUACCAGCACAUCCGCGCCGCCGGCAAGCGAGUCUGCCGGCAGCCAAAGCAGAUCGAGUGCCAGGCGGAGGACUACCCUGAGGUUCCUAUCCAGCAGGUGGGGCAGGUCGUGCAGUGCGACGUCCACUUUGGACUGGUGUGCAAGAACGAGGACCAGACGGGCAAAUUCAAGAUGUGCCUCAACUACAAGAUCCGCGUGCUCUGCUGCACCCCCAACUACAACUGCUCAAUCCCAAUCCCCGUGAUAACAACCAGCCCCACCACCAGCACCACGACCACAAGCGUCCCAUCCUCCACCGCAGUCACCACCUCCACCUCCACGCCCUACAUCUCCACCACCACGAGUCCCACCUCCACGGAAAUCAGCACUACCACCAGCACCACCAGCCCCACGUCGACGACGUCUACCACAACUUCCUCCACCACCCCCUGUGAACCCGAAGUGUGCACCUGGAGCCAAUGGUUCGACGUCGACUUCCCCUCCUCGGGGCCCAACCAGGGAGACUUCGAAACCUACCAGCACAUCCGCGCCGCCGGCAAGCGAGUCUGCCGGCAGCCAAAGCAGAUCGAGUGCCAGGCGGAGGACUACCCUGAGGUUCCUAUCCAGCAGGUGGGGCAGGUCGUGCAGUGCGACGUCCACUUUGGACUGGUGUGCAAGAACGAGGACCAGACGGGCAAAUUCAAGAUGUGCCUCAACUACAAGAUCCGCGUGCUCUGCUGCACCCCCAACUACAACUGCUCAGUCCCAAUCCCCGUGAUAACAACCAGCCCCACCACCAGCACCACGACCACAAGCGUCCCAUCCUCCACCGCAGUCACCACCUCCACCUCCACGCCCUACAUCUCCACCACCACGAGUCCCACCUCCACGGAAAUCAGCACUACCACCAGCCCCACGUCGACGACGUCUACCACAACUUCCUCCACCACCCCCUGUGAACCCGAAGUGUGCACCUGGAGCCAAUGGUUCGACGUCGACUUCCCCUCCUCGGGGCCCAACCAGGGAGACUUCGAAACCUACCAGCACAUCCGCGCCGCCGGCAAGCGAGUCUGCCGGCAGCCAAAGCAGAUCGAGUGCCAGGCGGAGGACUACCCUGAGGUUCCUAUCCAGCAGGUGGGGCAGGUCGUGCAGUGCGACGUCCACUUUGGACUGGUGUGCAAGAACGAGGACCAGACGGGCAAAUUCAAGAUGUGCCUCAACUACAAGAUCCGCGUGCUCUGCUGCACCCCCAACUACAACUGCUCAAUCCCAAUCCCCGUGAUAACAACCAGCCCCACCACCAGCACCACGACCACAAGCGUCCCAUCCUCCACCGCAGUCACCACCUCCACCUCCACGCCCUACAUCUCCACCACCACGAGUCCCACCUCCACGGAAAUCAGCACUACCACCAGCACCACCAGCCCCACGUCGACGACGUCUACCACAACUUCCUCCACCACCCCCUGUGAACCCGAAGUGUGCACCUGGAGCCAAUGGUUCGACGUCGACUUCCCCUCCUCGGGGCCCAACCAGGGAGACUUCGAAACCUACCAGCACAUCCGCGCCGCCGGCAAGCGAGUCUGCCGGCAGCCAAAGCAGAUCGAGUGCCAGGCGGAGGACUACCCUGAGGUUCCUAUCCAGCAGGUGGGGCAGGUCGUGCAGUGCGACGUCCACUUUGGACUGGUGUGCAAGAACGAGGACCAGACGGGCAAAUUCAAGAUGUGCCUCAACUACAAGAUCCGCGUGCUCUGCUGCACCCCCAACUACAACUGCUCAGUCCCAAUCCCCGUGAUAACAACCAGCCCCACCACCAGCACCACGACCACAAGCGUCCCAUCCUUCACCGCAGUCACCACCUCCACCUCCACGCCCUACAUCUCCACCACCACGAGUCCCACCUCCACGGAAAUCAGCACUACCACCAGCCCCACGUCGACGACGUCUACCACAACUUCCUCCACCACCCCCUGUGAACCCGAAGUGUGCACCUGGAGCCAAUGGUUCGACGUCGACUUCCCCUCCUCGGGGCCCAACCAGGGAGACUUCGAAACCUACCAGCACAUCCGCGCCGCCGGCAAGCGAGUCUGCCGGCAGCCAAAGCAGAUCGAGUGCCAGGCGGAGGACUACCCUGAGGUUCCUAUCCAGCAGGUGGGGCAGGUCGUGCAGUGCGACGUCCACUUUGGACUGGUGUGCAAGAACGAGGACCAGACGGGCAAAUUCAAGAUGUGCCUCAACUACAAGAUCCGCGUGCUCUGCUGCACCCCCAACUACAACUGCUCAUUCUCCACCCUCUCGCCCACCACUAGCGCAUCAUCCAUUACUCCCCUUAGUGAACCCUUCUUUACAACACCUCUUCCUCACAUUUCAACUACCCCAUGUUUCUGCAAGAUUGGUGAUGGUAUUUUUUCGCCUGGUGACUUGAUUUACAACAGGGUGGAUAGUGAAGGCUGUCGAUUUUAUGCCAUCUGUAGCCCAACAUGUAAUAUUGAACGACACACUGUACAUUGUCCUGUCACUACUCUGCCAGCCACCACUUCCUCUGUGUUGUCUUCAGUAACAACAGCAUUUGCUAUGACUUCCACGCCUACAAGUGCUGUUUUUCAUGGUUGUGUUUCCACUAUUUACCCUCCAUUACAACCUGGAGAAAGAUUCAGAUUAUCCAACUGUACAGAAGUCAUCUGUAAUGGAGACAACAGUAUAGAUGUAGUACCAACAUACUGCCCACCUGUAAAGGAAAUUACCUGUGCAAACAAAUAUCCACCAAUGCUGGUACCUGAUGAAAAUGGAUGCUGUUACCGAUAUGAGUGUCAAUGUGUGUGUAGUGGAUGGGGUGAUCCUCAUUACAUUACUUUUGAUGGAACCUAUUAUACCUUCCUUGAAAACUGCACUUACGUCCUGGUGAAACAGAUUGUCCCUAGAUAUGACAACUUCCGUGUUUACAUUGACAAUUAUUACUGCGAUGCAAAAGAUGGACUCUCCUGCCCUAAAUCCAUUAUUAUUUUCUACAAAUCUGCAGAAGUGGUGCUGACUCGUCAACUCAUGAAUGGUGUGAUGACCAAUGUGAUGUACUUCAACAAAAAGAUUGUUGAACCAGGCUUCAAAAAAGAUGGCAUUUCUUUCUCCACUCUUGGCAUCAAUAUGAUUGUUGAAAUAGAAGAAAUUGGUGCUGUCAUCACCUUUAGUGGUCUGAUUUUCUCUGUCAAGCUCCCAUACAGCAAAUUUGGCAACAACACUGAAGGACAAUGUGGAACAUGUACAAACAAUAAAGAAGAUGAAUGCCGCUUACCAAGUGGUAAGAUCAUUUCCUCCUGUCCCCAAAUGGCUCAUCAUUGGAUUGUUGACAACAACAAGUCGUGCCAUGGAGUACCAAUACCACCAGCUAUAACCACACCUCCACCAAAGCCGCAGUGUCAGACGCCUCCACUCUGCAAGCUUAUCUUGAGCGAGGUUUUUGCAGAAUGUCACACCGUGAUACCACCUGAACCAUUUUUCAAAGGCUGUGUUUUUGAUGGAUGUCGUAUAGACGAUGAAUCCAUGCAGUGUUCCAGUUUGGAGAUAUAUGCUACAGAGUGUGCUGCUAGAGGUGUCUGCAUUGACUGGAGAGGAAUGACCAACAAUACGUGUUCAUUCAGCUGUCCAUCAGGCAUGGAAUACAAGCCUUGUGGGCCCAUUAAUCCAGCUACCUGUGACCAAAGCCAGGAGAAAAAUGGACAAAAGAUUGCCAAGAAUGUGUCUGUGACAAAAAUACUCUUAAGAGCCUUCUUGAGGGCAUACAGACAGGGCUGUGUAGUCAACGAAACCUAUUAUGCACCUGGAGCUGCUGUUCCAUCAGGCCCCUGUGAAGAAUGUUCCUGCUCUGCAUCCUCUCCCUCAAGGCCUCACCACCUUACGGUCAUGUGCCAGCCUGUUAUCUGUGACACAUACUGCCCACUGGAAGGAGAAAACUGGAAUCCACCUGGUGAUAACUGUACUGUUUACACAUGUGAAAAACAUGCUGACCAGUUCAUUCAAGUCAUCAAAGAGGCAAACUGUCCUGCCUUGAACUAUGAUGAAUGUGAUCCAGAAGAUAUCAGGUUAUCUGACGAUGGCUGCUGUUUAGUGUGCCAAAGAGUACCAAAACUUUGUAUGAAGCACAAUAAGACUACUGUCAUGAACUAUAAUGGCUGUUUAUCUCCUGCACCUGUUGAGAUAACAUACUGUGAAGGCAGCUGUGAUGCUUACUCACGAUAUUCUCAAAUGACAAACACAAUGGUGCACAAAUGCUCGUGCUGUCAGGAAAUCAAGACCAGCAAGAGAAAGGUGACUCUGAUGUGCAGUGAUGGAAACUCCCUGGAUCACUCCUACACCUAUGUGGAGAAAUGCAGCUGUGUGGGUGCUGAGUGCAUUACCCAAGGCAACACCCAACAGGAGACACAGCAGAUAAAGACCUCUCAGGAGCAAGCAGAUGUCAAAAAUUAG